AUGAGUGCGGCGAACUAUCCAGAUCCCUCCCUUCCCCGCCCUUCUACGAGUGAUGAUUUUGAAUUAAUUGUCCGCCAAAACCCCAAUCGGGCGCGCGUGGCCGGUGGGAAGGAGAAAGUUCGAGAGGACAAGCGAGAACUGACCUGGGGCAUCGAUCAAUUUGCAGAGCGCAAACCGGUUGACCCGCCGCCGAUUGUGCAAAUUCGGGUGAGGGAGGAGGGGACUUAUCUAGCUCAUCUUUACGAUGCUCAGGAGGACGCGCCAGCUUCCAUUCCACCGUCUACUGCAUUGACUGGGACUCUGGUUUCGUCGCUGCACCGACUGAAGGAUGUAGACAACACAGAUGGCGGGUUCUUCGUAUGGGGCGAUUUGUCCAUCAAAGUUGAGGGCGAUUUUCGACUAAAAUUCUCGCUCUUUGAAAUGCGAAAGGAGGACGAAGAGCUAACAGGGAACUCGUCGGUCAGGACGGACGUUGUGUUUCUGAAAUCCAUCGUCUCGGAGCGGUUCACCGUUUCGCCGCCGAAAAGCUUUCCGGGGAUGGCCGAAUCAACCUUCCUUUCCAGAUCCUUCGCAGACCAAGGGGUGAAGCUAAGGAUUCGAAAGGAGCCGCGCACAUUGAUAAAGAGAACAGCACCCCGGCCGGAAGAGUACCCCCAGGCUGCUAUUCCGCGCUCUCCCUCUGAUAGGACAGCCAUGCAAAUCCCUGGAAGUAGCUAUCCCGCACCCCCCUACCAGCCCACGAGUAGGGACUAUUCCUACUACGCGCCCGUAAAACGCCAGCGAACAUCAGUGGACUAUGGUGCUAGAGGCAUGUACGAUGCGGACGGGCGUAUGCGUCAAAUGGAAACAUACCCGCAGACGGCAACCUUGUAUGGCCAACCAGGUGGCUAUCCGACACCUAUGAUGGGAUACCCAUCUGGACACGGUGGAGUUCCCGACUAUGCGAUGUCGUACGGGCUUCCCCCGUCUGCUCAGGUACCCCAGAUGCAAGACCCGGCCGCUCAGAGCCGGUCCAGUCAGCAGGCAACGAUGCAGUCGCUGGGGAUGGUUAAUCCACCGGGCACACCUACUCCCGAUUCGGCUCGAGCGAUGAUGCAGCAAGCUUAUCCUCGACCCCAAUACUCCGCCAGUACUGCAGUCCUUCCGCCAUUGCAACAGAGUCGCAACUAUCCCCAGGGCACCAACGGCGCAACGCGAGGUUAUUAUGAACAGUCGCCACAGGCAACACCUAUACUCCCAUCCCAACCCCUUGGAACAAGCGAGGCUGAACGCUAUGGCGUCCCGCCAGGUCACACUGGGUAUGACCACACAGGCUCAGCGAACGGAACUCCUCGGUGA